AUGAGUGAUAAAGAAGUAGUCCAAGGCUCAGUCAGCAUAGAACAAAAUGAAGCUAAAAAGUCAAAACAAAGAAAAGGACAAACUGAUGAAGAAUAUGAAAUACAAAAACAAAUUUUCCACGAAAAUGGACCUUUAGUUAAUGAUCAAGAUUGGCUCUUAGAUGAAGAUGAUUUAGCCAAUUUGGAUAAGGAUAAUAAGUAUGAUAGAACUAGGAUAAUAUUCGCCUGUGAAAAGUUGUAUUUCGAGAGAAAGUUUGAUAAAUGUUUGGAAUUAAUUCAAUUCGGGGAAAAAUUCUAUGAUACUGAAAUACCGACAGAUAAUGGAAAAACGAAGAAAAGCUCAAGUAUCGACAGACAAGUGAUGGAAUUAUCGCAUAUCAAAGAGAAAUGUCUUUCAAAGCUUAAAGGUGGGAAUUAG